AUGCUUAAUGAGAAUGAUAGAUUGUCAUUAAUCACAUUUAACAGUUAUGCCAAACAGCUUUGUGGGCUAAAAAAAGUUAGCAAUUUAAAUAAAGAAACUCUUUAAGCUAUAACAAAUUCAAUUAAAGCAUAUGGUGGUACAAAUAUUACUAGUGGCUUAGAAAUUGCAUUUUAAAUCUUACAAAGUAGAAAAAAAAAGAAUUCAGUGAGUUCAAUUUUCUUACUUUCAGAUGGCCAAGAUGAUGGGGCUGAUACCAAAAUAAAAAAUCUCUUGAAAAUAACCUACUAAUAGCUACAGGAAGAGAGUUUCACUAUUCACUCAUUUAGUUUUGGUAGUGAUCAUGAUUGUCCUCUUAUGCAAAAAAUUGCUUAAAUUAAAGAUGGUAGUUUCUAUUUUGUUGAAAAAAAUGAUUAAGUUGAUGAAUUUUUCAUCGAUGCGCUUGGCGGUUUGUUCUCAGUUGUAGCCUAAGACCUCACUAUUAAAAUUGAAAUUAACAGAUAAAAUUAAUUAUUUAAAAAAUUCUUCAAAAACUCUUAUGUCUCAAAGACUUAUGGUCAUAUGUGGAAGAUUAUUAAUCAAAACUAAGAAUUAAGGAUUAAUAUUAACUAAAUUUUCUCAGGAGUUUCUAAAGAUUUCAUAUUUGAAAUGACUAUUCCAAAAUUUGAGAUUAAAGAGUUAUAAGAUUUUGAAAGAAAUUUAGAGACAAUAAAUGUUUAAUUGACUGCGCGCCCUGUUGAUUCAAUGUUACAAACAUUAAAAGAGAGUAAAUUAGUUUUGACUCUGUUUACAGAUAAUGAAUAAGUAGCAUAAGAUUCAGAAAUUAAUGAUAAUGUUGAAUUUAACUACAUCAGAGUAAAGACAGCUUAAGCUAUUGAAGAAGCCAUCAAAUAUGCUGAUAAAAAUCAAUACAAUCAAGGACAAUAUCUAUUAUCAGAUAUGUUAAAAUAGAUAGAAAAAUCACAUCCUAAAAACUAGGCUAAGCUCUAAGUACUUAAAGAUGAUUUAGUUUAAUGUUAAUAAAACGUGCAACCUUAAGUAUACUAAAUUCAAGGUAGGUAUUAAGCAUAUUAACAAUGUGUUAGUCAUUAUAACUAAUAAUCAUAGGCAGUAAGGUUGAAUGAUAUGUAUUAAAUACCUCUUUAAAGAUAAAUGGUUUAAUAAUAACAAUAGCAAAAGUAAUAAUAAGUUUGGAAUAAACCUUAAUAAUUACCUCAAUAAACAAUCCAGUUAUUACAAAACCCACAAUAGCAAAUCUAUUAAUAAUAGCAGUAGUAAUAGUAGUAAUAAUAACAAUAGCUUAUAUAAUAGCCAUAAUAAUAACAAUAUUAUAAUAAUCAUUAUUGA